AUGUCUAAAGCGGACGAGGUCUAUUACAAUAUUGAGAACUUCCAUGAACGCGGGCCGACCCUCACGUUCAGCAAUGUCAUUUACACUGUUGAUGAAAGAAAGUUGUGCCGCAAGAUCUCCGAAAAACAAAUCCUGAGAAAUGUAAGUGGCAUCAUGAGACCAGGGAUGAACGCCAUCAUGGGGGCCACAGGAAGUGGCAAAACAUCACUCCUGGAUGUAAUCGCAGGCAGGAAAAACCCCGCUGGGCUCCGCGGUGGUCUUGUCUUGGUGGAUGGGAAGGUUGUCACAUCUGAACUGAGAAUGAGUUCUGCCUAUGUGGUUCAGGAUGACAUCUUGAUGGGCACCCUGUCUGUGAGAGAGAACCUGCUGUUCAGUGCCAACCUGCGGCUCAGUCCCAAAUAUCACUCCAACAGCGACAAGAACGACAAAGUCAAUACCAUCAUCCAGGAGCUGGGCCUCGUUGACUGCGCUGACACGAAGAUUGGCACAGAGUUCCUGCGUGGAGUGUCAGGAGGAGAGAGGAAGAGGUGCUGCAUUGGGAUGGAGCUCAUCACGUCUCCCUCGCUGCUCUUUCUGGAUGAGCCCACCACCGGGCUGGAUUCAAACACUGCGAACUGCAUCAUCGAUCUACUGCACAAGCUGUCCAGAAGAGGCAAGACUGUGAUCUUCUCCAUUCACCAGCCGCGCUACUCCAUCUUCAAACAGUUUGACCACCUGACCCUGAUGCACAAAGGCGAGGUGGUGUAUGCAGGAGCAGCAAACCGUGCAAUAGAGUACUUCACAGACCUCGGUUACCGAAUCGAGCCUUUUGACAACCCUGCUGACUUUUUCAUGGACAUUUCCAAUGGAGACAUAAAGUCAGUGAAAGAUACACAACUCGCAGAGGAGGGUAACAACGCUUUGGCAAUAAAAUAUCGAAAGUCCCGGCUGUACCAGGAUGUGGCCGAGGAGCUGGACCGCAUAAGUAUCACCGAAGGCGGCAAAAGUGAUGAAAUGGUUCCGAGCUACGCCACAUCUUUCUUUUAUCAGAUGCGAGUGGUGUGUGGCAGGACAGUGAAAAACAUUCUGAGGAACCCUCAGACGUCUUACGCCCAGCUGGCUCUCAACAUCUUUUUCGCCCUUUUGGUGGGGCUCAUUUAUUACCAGAUACCCCUCACACUGCCCGAGGCUUACCAGAACAGGACUGGAGCGUUCUUCUUUCUGAUCAUCAACAUGGUGUUUGGUAAUCUUUCUGCUGUUGAGCUCUUCAUCCAUGAAAGAGCGAUCUUCAUUCAUGAGAACUCCAGUGGCUACUACCGAACUUCUGUCUACUUCUUGUCCAAGAUCUUCGCUGACCUUGUCCCGAACCGCAUCAUUCCCAUCCUGGUCUUUGCAGCCAUCUCCUACUGGAUGAUGGGGUUGAAACCCACCGCUGCAGCCUUCUUCUUAUUUGCUCUGGCUCUGUCUCUGGUCAGUCUGGCGGGAGUAAGUUUAGCCUUCCUCGCCUCAGCGAGUGCAUCCUCAUUUGCGAUGGCGAAUAUCCUCGUCGCUCUGCCCUUUGUCGUCAUGAUGGUCUUUGGUGGUUUUCUUGUCAAACUCAACUCCAUGCUGAGCUGGCUGUCCUGGCUGGAGUGGUUCAGUAUAUUCAAAUAUGGAUUGAAUGCUGCAUACAUCAAUGAGUUUCAAGGACAGACGUUCUACCUCAACUUUACAGCUGUGCCUGGGGAGGCGUUCCUGGAAGACCUGGACUCCUCGACGUGGGGCUUCUGGCAGAACCACGUGGCUCUGCUGGGAAUCAUCCUGAUCUGCAUGACGCUGGCCUACGUGCAGCUGCGUCGAAUCAACCGCUGGAAGUGA